AUGAUCGUCCGCCGGAAUUCCGACCUGGAAAUGCAUCUCCCUGAUGCGGCCCAGGCCGCCCCGUCCACCGCUGCCAACGAAGCCGACGUAGAUAUGUCAUCAGACGACCCGAACAAUGUCAGCGCCUUACCAGCUAAACUUGCCGCCCGUUUCUACCAAAAAUCAAAUGGCCGUAGACGCGCUUCUACCACUUCCUCCCGCCGCAGCUCGAUAUCCUCAUUACACUCAAAUAUAUCUGCCCACGGGGGACCCCACAGUGAUCAUGUUGCGCAACACCUACGCCGUGCAUCCAUCAUCGAAUCCCGUAAAGCGCGCCUUGCUGACCGCGCAGCACAUGCGGAAAAGGUGCGACUUCGUGCUGCGCUUGCGAAGAAUGAGUCCAAACACAUCUUGCGGGAGGAAAGGGCAUUGGCUGCGCAGCAGGCGCGUGAGAAGUUGCUGGCCGAAAUUACCGCCAAGUGCGAGGAGGAGGUUCGAAGAGCAAAGAAGAAAGCUGAGGAUAUGAAGGAGAGGAAGGCGGCGGAACACGCUAGGCAGCGAUUGGAGAUGGCGGAGAAAUUUGCAGAGGCAGAGAAAAGAAGGCUGCUUUAUCAGCAAAAUACACGGCGGCCACGAACCACGAGUCUUGCAGCAGCUGAGGAGAAGAAGCUCGCGAAGGUGGCCGUCAAGCAGAUGAGCCGGACUAGUGCUACGCGGAUUAUCCAGCGGGCAUGGCGCAACCACUAUGCCCGCACCGUUACCAGGGAAUUCCGGGAGGUUGAUCUUUCAUUGGAGCGCAUCCGCGCUUUGAGUUUUGAGGAAGUUGGGGCGUUGCUCUCUGAGGAGAAACUCUUGACUGUGACGGCCAAGGUUCUCCGGCUGUGCGGUUUACAGGAUACAGAAGGCGGUGCCAUGGGUGAACGUGGCGCUGUCCGUACAUUCCUUAGCAGUUAUUUGAUCUUGGCCCAUCCAGCACAAGUUCUAAGCAGCAAUGGAGAACAGGAGCAGGAUCUUAUUGCAAAGGGUCGUGAUUUGCUAGUUAUUUUUGAGCAAGUUAUUUCUCAAUUAUCGGCUAUUGGGGUAUGGCCUGCCUCGCUUACCACCGAUCUUCAGGCGUUGUCGGAGUCCUAUAAUACAUUCUUUUCUGCAUUCCACGCCUGGAAGACUCACGACUCCUCAGUCUUGAUCGAAAUCAUGCUAGCACAAUUCAUUGAGCUAGAGCUCAUCUGGCAGACGGUCAAGGAUGACCGUGAAGGGGGUGCUGCGGAUGACUAUCAGAAAGGCAUUCGCCAGAAUCAAAUUUUGUUGCUUGCACGUCUUAAGAGACUGGCAGGUGCCGAGAAGGCGAUGUCAAUGGUGAAACAGGCUUUGAGGAAAUCUAAACGGGACAAGUUGAAAAAUGGAGCUUCGCAGCAGUCUAUCCCCCGCGCCACGAGUGUGCCUCCAUCUACAGAGUUGCUCCCAGAGCCUGCAAAGUCACCUAUUUGCGAAUCGUUCUCCACCGCAGAUAACUUGGCUCUCGCCCAGCUGGAUCAGCAGGAAAUGACUCCCCGCGAUCGUUUUGCGAAGGCCUUGACCGCUCUUCCGGAUAAUAGGGCGCUUGUGCACGAGCUUUUGAUAAACAGGGAGUACAAAAUUGAUCAAGGGCCAUAUACAGCCAUACGACGCCAGAUCAUGAAUCUUAUGUGUGAGAUGAUGAGGAAAGAUAUCGCAAAAGGGCUGGGGACUACUUGGACGGUAGCGAUGGCCAGCGUCAUUCAGGACAGACUGCUUCGUUCCCUAAGACCUGGAAAUUCGUUACAUGUUUUGAUCAGCGAGGUCCUCGACCCGAAAUAUGUUGAAAACCAGUGUAAUGCAGGCACUUUUUCGUACGAUGCAUUUUUUGAGUUCAUGAGCAAUAUUCUACCGAAGCUUUGUGCUCCAUACCGCGAUCCUGAAGUCAAGGCCUUUGCCUCUGACACUUCGGGCGAUGCAAUUGACCGCCUUGCGAGAUUAAUGGGCAUCAUCGAUCUUUUAUCCUUAGAUCAUACCAAUUUUCUGCUCCAUGUUGCGGCUCCGCAGCUCAUCCAGGAAGGACCAGGAUACGAGCAGCGAGUGUUUUCGCGACUUUUGCAGGAAGGGGUUAUCACCCUUGAGAGGACCCGGGAAUUCUGGCGUGUGAACCGCAAGACAAUCAUCGAGGACAUGAAGAAACGUGACCCGGACAAUAUGAAUCUGGAUUAUAAACCACCCGCAGCCAAGAUCUACGCACAGGGCAUCGUUGACUUGGUCUUAAGCAACAGACGUCUAUCUCCCGAACUCAUUCCUGAAACCUUAGAUAUGGAUCGCGGACACCUUGAGCAAAUUCGUUCACGUGCCUUCAUGAUUGCAGCUACCGCCUCGAUCCUGCUCAGCGCCAAGAAUCUCCUCAAACGCGACGUCCGCUCACAAUGGAAGAGCGAAGCAGAACGAAUCAUGACCCUUGAUUUCAACGACAUAAAACCGGAGCGCGUCCAGUCAAUCCUGGAAUCUUCUCACGCCAUGCCCGCAUCAACACGGGCGCAGCUAUUUUCCACUAUUAAACGCGUUCUCAGCCCUGCGACUGCAGCGUCUAUCACGGCCACGGCCACAGCUGCAGCCUCGAACUCCUCGGCCAUCUCUAUUUCACCUGAUACAAUCGCAUUACUUUCCCCUCCUCACUCCUCCCCCUCUUCGUCCUCAUCACCAUUUUCAGGCUCAGACACGGGCAACAACACCAAUGCCACAAACGUAGACUGCUUCACCGACCCGGUGACAAAACUGAUGCUCUCACGACUACGAGCACACGUUCUCGCGCGCCUCAGCGCGUCGAGCGCCAGUGAGCGGGUGCGGACGACAGCGACGGCGAGCCAAAGUCUGGCUGCGGCGGGGAUGCCGGAGUUUGUGAAUGAGGUGGGGAAGAUUGUGGAGAGCUUAGGGAAGCUUUGGUUAGGAUUCGAGAGUGUUGAUUCAGAAAGGGGCGAAUUGCUCUACCUCAACCUCACGGGAGACGAUGAACAGCUGUAUGGUGGUAUUUCUUUAUUCAAAGACCAAAAUAGAUCGUUGACAGUGACAUCAUCGUUUAUGCUUAUCUGA